GUCAACUUUUUCCAUAUAUAUGAAACGAGAAAUCUCUUAAGAAAAGAGAAAAUGUCGUAAGAAAAGAAAGAAUUUCUUAAGAGAAGCAACUCUAUCAUAAGAGAAGAAACUGAGACCCUGAUACGAUGUUUUGGGGGGUCUCAUAGUCAAGAAGAGUUUGAUCCUGGCUCACCGAAGGAACGCUAGCUAUAUGCUUAAAACAUGCUAUAGCUAUAUGCUUAACACAUGCUAUUCGCACGCUGUUUUGGGGUUUUCAACCUCAAAAUGGAUCUUUCUUUUUUUUAGUAAGACGAAUCCAAGUACAACAGAAGCUAACGAAAGCAGCAUGCGCUGAAGUUAGAAAUCGUUGGUACUUCUUUUUCUGAGCGUAAGAGAAAGUGAUCCUGCUGCCCCUUGAUUCCCUUCAUUCGCUGGUGGACUCUCUGUUCGUUCUCUCUCCACCAUGCUUUAUGUCGUGACGAAUCUUGCUUGUGGUUAGCAAAAGGGGGCUAUCCCCGUAGCCGAUAUCGAUGUGGCCGUUAUCCGAUCGUGAUCUCUUAACCUUCUUACCGUUCCAGGAUUAGCUUUCUAGUUUCUUACAAAUCUUCCUUUUGGUCAGCAACAAAUCAUUGCUCUGUGUUUUCCUUAACUUCUAGGUAAGCUGGGGUGGUACGUCUGUGCUUCCUCUUAAUCGAACUAGGCCUUUGAUAUCUUUCACGAAUCUCCGAUAAAAGACUCCCAUGCUUUUCUUGGUUAAACCAAGGUGAUGUUCUUUCCGACAAGUCUGUCUGAAUUUUUAUAGCAAGAAGCGGAAAAAAGGAAAAAAAAAAAAAAAAAGAAUGAUGAGCGAAGUAAUAAAAGAGUUUUUAUGGCUUCUGAAGGGGAACGAAAAAACCCUUAGCAGCUUUCUCGACCGUCUUCUUCGUUUGCUUUAUAGUUAUGUAUUUCUCAUUUUGCCGUGGUACGUAUUCUUAAUAUUCGAGACUCUAGAAAGCCACAAAAGUCUAGGAGUCGCCAGCGAAUUUAGUUACAGCUGGAAAGGGGUCUCUGUCAAGCCUGUUUGGCCGCCUACACCUCAAAAUGCUGCUGAUGUGGCUGAUCAGGUGGUCCCCCACAGCCCCCAAGCUGGCGAGGUGGCGGCCAAUAGCCCCCUGGAUCAAUUUGAGAUUAUCCCAUUUCUUCCUAUGAAUAUGGGGGACUUUUAUUUCUCAUUCACAAAUUCAUCUUUCUUUAUGCUGCUCACUCUCAGUUUGGUCCUACUUUUGGUUUAUUUGGUUACUAAAAAGGGAGGAGGAAACUUAGUACCAAAUGCUUGGCAAUCCUUGGUAGAGCUUAUUUAUGAUUUCGUGCUGAACCUGGUAAACGAACAAAUAGGGGGUCUUUCCGGAAAUGUUAAACAAAAGUUUUUCCCUUGCAUCUUUGUCACUUUGACUUUUUUGUUAUUUUGUAAUCUUCAGGGUAUGAUACCUUAUAGCUUCACAGUUACAAGUCAUUUUCUCAUUACUUUGGGUCUCUCAUUUUCGAUUUGGAUUGGCAUUACUAUAGUGGGAUUUGUGAUCUUGCAGAUGGAGGGUACAUCCAAAAAACAAUGUCUUUCAUCCUCCAAGAAUAUUCAGGCUUCUGGAAACGGGGGAUCCGACGACGACGACGACAGGAACAAACGUCGUCUUCAGGAAGUAGUCUCAAACGAGAUCCACACUACUCUCGUAGGCCUCAUCCGGAACCUCAUCAAAGAGGUUAUCGGAAGGCCAGAAAACACCCACCUUCGGGAAGGGAUAUUGAAUCCUAACUCAAAUAGGUGGAACUGGGCAGUCAAAACUGCUCUUGAAGAGCUCGUAGGUGAUGACCCGGCGUCCCGAAGUUGGCAGACAAUAGCCCACUUACUUAGAAUGGGCCUUGAAAUCUCCACUCAGGCCGGAAGAAGCCCUUUUCUUCUGAGAGUCCUCCUAUUCCUGGCACUUGAAUAUCACAAGAGGCAAUGUUAGAAGUGUAAGUAAAUAAGAGUAAGAUACCUUACCACAAUUGAGGAGUCAUCCCUUGGCCUUUUCGAGGCACUAUUCUUCGCUUUCAGGAGAGUUAUGCCGAUCUGUGCUUUGUCUGAAAAAGCCCGGAAAAGGGGCAGCCCUUCUUCUUAAAUUGCA